CUUGGCCUGAAACACGUUGAAGACCCCUGCUCUAAAGGAUGUAGUGAUGAUCAUAACAAGUGAUGUCUGAGAAAACGUCACUGUAGUAACAACAGAAUUGGUUUGUUGGAUUUCUGUUUCACUUCUUCCCGAAUCCAGAUGUUGUUCUCUGUCUGUGUGCAGAUGUUAUGUCGGGUGGUUCACUCCGUGAUGUGUCUGCUGGCUGCUGGCUUCUGCUGUCUGGUCAGUUUUACUGGUCUGGCUCAGGGUCCUCUCUGUCUGUACAACACCAGCUCCACUCAGACCUGGGGGGUCCCACUACAGCCACACCCAGACAGUCAUGCAGGCUAUCUGUACAAUAGGACUUUGUGGUCUGGAGUCUGUCUGGAGCCCAGAGGUGUGGUUCAGUGGAACGUGGUCCUGUUCAGCGUGAUGGGGUCCGCCAGUGGUCUGCAGACGGUCCUCUGUGGAGCCAACAUCCUCAACUCAGUGCUGGGACUGAUCCUGGGUCAGGGUCUCUGCCACAACCAGGUCUGUGUUCUGAGUCUGAUAAAUAUUACUAUCUCUGUGAGGACAUAGUUCACUUCUACACCUGUGAGAUAAAACAUUUAAAUGUGUAUGUGUGUGCGUCUAUGUGUGUGUGCGUCUGUCUGUCUGUGUGUGUGUGUG